CGGUUUUUCUCGUUCUGCAGCCUGAGCCUAGACUGGCAAGACCGUGAUCAAUGGCACCCAAUCCCUCCUUCCCGGGGUUCUUUCGCGAACCCCGCCAUGGUCGAGUCAUCAUGAUAACGCCCUUUUCCGCGGGAUACCUGCUGAUCCCACCAUGCCUGCAUUUACCCGUAUAGAUAGUCCAGCUUCCCCUCACUUGUGUUUCCUCUUGCUUGUGACACUACACUCGGCCCACAAUGCGCACUUUCUUGCAGUCUCCUCAUGUUUUUCUGGCCUUACUGGCCAUGCCUCUGGCCCUUCCAGCUUCGGCUGAGAAGGUGCUCGGAGCGUACAUCUUUGCUCGUCACGGUGAUCGGACUGCAAAGGUGCUGAAGAACACGCAGCUGACCGACCUGGGGUACAGUGAGGUUUUCUCCACGGGUAGCUACUACCGGAGCCGCUACAUCGAUUCCGACUCUACCCUUCAGGUCCAGGGCAUCAGCGAAGAUAUCGUCAAGCUGAGCCAGAUCAGCGCCUCAACACCGUCGGACACUGUGCUGCAGAACUCCGCGACGGGCUUCUUGCAGGGCGUGUAUCCUCCCGUCGGAGCGUCGGCUAAUGAGACAUUGGCCGAUGGGACCAUUGUCGACUCUCCAAUGGAUGGCUACCAGUUGAUUCCAUUGACCAUGACCGACUCCGGGUCGAACAGUGAGGACACAACAUGGCUGCAGAGCGCGACAAACUGCCAAAAUGCCGAGAUUAGCAGCAACAAUUACUAUACCUCAUCGCUAUACAACUCGCUGCUCAGCUCAACCAAGGACUUCUACCAGUCAUUUUCGUCGAUGUUGAACAGCAGCUUCUCUGAGUCUGCAAUGAAUUUCAAGAAUGCGUACACCAUUUUUGACUAUCUUAACGUCGGUUAUAUCCACAACACGACCAACGUCCCAACGGAGGACCAGCUCCACCAGCUUCUCUUGCUGGCAAAUAUCGAGCAGUACAACCUGGCUUACAAUUCAUCCGAGACCGUUCGCGCCAUAGCAGGUGCCAAGCUUGCAGGAGAUGUCCUCCAGGGCCUCAAUAAGACAGUCAUAUCCAAGGGAAAGACGAAGCUGAAUUUCCAAUUCGGUUCUUACGGAACGUUCCUGUCAUACUUUGGUCUGGCCCAGCUACCCGCUGCGGAUGUCAACUUUACCGGAAUUCCCGAUUAUGCCUCUUCCAUGGCCUGGGAGCUGGUGACAAACUCCUCGGGGGACUUUCCGCCCACCUCCGAGAUCAGCGUCCGGUUUGUCUUUCACAAUGGCACCAUCAACGAAUCCAUGUCUGAUGGCCCUACCGUGUAUCCACUCUACGGCCAAUCGAGUCUCACCAUCCCUUGGUCUGACUUUGUGCAUCGGACUGAAAAGAUUGCUGUCACCUCGACAUCGCAGUGGUGCCAGGUGUGCGGCAAUACCAACGGCCAAUGUGCUUCCUACUCGAACAGCUCCGAUUCCGGAUCUACCACCCAGACGAAGUCGACUAAUGGUAUGUCCAGACCGGUAGCUGGUGUCAUUGGUGCAAUGGUCACCCUCGCGGUCAUCUUGGGCGUAGAGGCGCUCUUCCUCGUCGUGGGAGGGUUCCGGGUUAUCAAGAAACGCGGGACUACAGAGGACGCUGCUACAGAUGAGGAGGACAAGACGGAAUAAGCUGGAUGAACAAAAGGCAGUUAGCAACAUAUCAAGAUUGAUGAGUUGGAUGAUUUGUUGAUUCUGCUGGUGACUAUGUCUCUAUCUCUUUCGCUUUCGGGCUUCCUGUUUUGUAGCCGUCCUCCAAUUUGUUUCGUAACACCAAGCAUCUUGUUCCCUGUCGCCUUGCGUCACCAAAGAAAACAAAAAGGAUAUGUAGCGUAGUUCAUGCAUCUUUUCUGCAGCUGAUUCGCUUGAAGGAUCAGUUAGCAUCUAAUCUUGGGGAUACCCAUCUACUUGCCAGUAAGAAAGACUACAUGAUAAGGAGCCGUGUUCAAGAGAUGAAAG